GCAUGCGCGCCGCGCACCUCCGAGGACCCCCCCCCCCUCCCCGGUGAGCCGCCGUUAAGGGUGGCCGCGGAGGUGCCUGACGGAAAAGCGGCCCGGUUACCGGGAAUGGCGGAAGGGCCGGGCGGGCCGCAGCGCUGCCCGUACUGCCACAGGAACUUCCGGAGGCUCCGCUCGCACCUCCCGCACUGCAAGGCCGCGCCGGGCCGGCGGGGGGAAGCAGCGACUGGGAUAACCGGGCCCGAGGCGGAGCUGGCCCGGAGCCUCGACCUCCGCCCUGACGAGGCCGUGGCCGCCGCCGCCAAACUGCGCCGGGGGCCGAAAGUCGCGAUCGAGAAGCACCGAGCUGUGGUGCUCCGGGAGCCGCCCGGUACCGGUACCGGGGCGAGGCCCACACCGGGCCCCGGCCCGCAGCGAGCCACAGGCCCGGAGGCCGCCGAGCCCCGAGCUCCCGGCCCCGGUGGCUGCAGUACGGCUGAGGCACCCCCGGUGCCCGGAACCGGCCGCGGACCGAGCCCCGGGGGGCUCCUCCCGCAGCGGGGAGCGGGGCACGGAGCCCCCGGGGCUGCUUCGUGCUCCGACAGCCGCCGCCUGCCAGCGGAGGAGCCCGGAGGGGAUGGGGAAAGGACGGUUAAAAAGGAGCCAAGCGGCACGGACACAGCGGGGCCGGGUGGUACCGAGCCCCGGGGCUCCGGUUGGAGCUCACGGGCAGCGGCCGUGGGCUUGGAGUGGUUCCCAGAGCUGGCUCCCCAUUACCGGGCACUGGGCGUGUUUGCGGAGAGGCCUUGGCGGGGAGAAGUUGGGGGCCCGCCGAAGGCACCGAGGGGCGAUUUGGCAGCAGGACGGCAAGAGCCGCUCGCAGAAAGGCGCCUGCUGGACGUCAGGCUGGGGGAGCUGCCCACCUGGCUGACCACCCAGGACUUCUCGCCCCGGGGGCUGCUCGGAGGGGUGCAGAAAGCGUGGAACGGUUACUGCAACAAAUACAUCAACGUGAGGAAGGGCGGAGCAGCCGGGGUCUCCAUGCUCCUGGCUGGGUACUGCAUCCUCAGCUAUGGCUGGAGCUAUCAGCACAUCAAGCGUAAUCGCUGGCGUAAGUACCACUGAAGAAGCUGGGACAGCAAGCAGGGAACAAUCACAGCUAUUUGAUGGAGUCAGCACAAGCUCUCCGGACCAGCAUCCCACCAGGGAUUGAACCCAGCAGAGGCCCCUUCCUGCCAGAGACAGCUCGUAAAUCCUUGCUGCUGGGGGGACGCUUUCCAGCUGCCCUCCUGCAGGCAGAGGGGCGACGCUGACAGCCUGCAGCCACUGCUCUGCGGGUCAGGCAGUGGUCAGUGCUGAGAGACAGAGCAUGAGGGCAGCUCCUCAGAGCUUCGUGCAGGAGAGCUCCUGUGGUUUGCAGCAGCUCGGGUCUCUUGCUAGACAGGGCAGGGACAGGGCAGUUCCUGACACAGGCGGUUAGUAUAGAUUGAUCUACACGUGUUAGAGUGUAUCUGGCAAUAAAUUAUAUGAUUGAUUGUGGCACAGAGGGAUAAUCAGUCCCUGAAGUUAGCAGAGCUGUGCCCAGCAUUUACUUACCCCCUCCAAAAGCGUUUGCUUUGCUACCACCCCCAGGAGAAGGGUGGGCCCUGCAGAGCUGCUCCACAGAGGGGCCCCAGCACAGCACAGCACCCCUGGGACUGCCUGGACACCAAAACAGCCCCAGGAAGGAGCUCUGGGAAGGCUUUAAAGCAGCAGCACUGCGAACGCAGUGCCCUAUUUCUGGAGGAAGAAAAUCCAUUGGAUUAGCUGUCGUGCCCAAAGGGCAAACUGACAUCAGACAAACGAGGACAGUUAUGAGAGUGCUAGUUGGAGCCUGCCGUCACCCAACAUGUCUGGAAAAGCAGCGUUGGUCAUGUUGCAGGCAUGAAGGGUAAGAAAAAAGGCAACAAAAAUAGGAACUCUUUAUUCCAGGUGAGGUGCAGCAGUGUUGUGUCAGAGGUGUUUCACCAAGAACCCCCCUUCCCAGCAAUAAAAGCCUUCGUGCGUUUUCCUUUCCUGCUCA